ACCGUUUGGCCCAAUCCCCAAACCCCUAUCCCCUUGAUUCUAAAUUAAAAGGUAAAACCUCAAAUUUGCUUGCCUUCUGCAAACUCUCACAUGAAGUUAUGGCUUCGGCUGUACUCUCUCUUCCAACCUUUCCUUCUCCUUAUCCUCAUUUCCUCCCUCUAAAACCCCAACUCAGAAGUCUCCGUUUGAACCCCCUCCGUCUCUCUUCUCUCCGUUCCCGGCCCGCCAUUGGUCCUGAUGGGAAGUUUUACCCCAACUCCGCUGACGACGACCCGCCUGAAGCUCCUGAGGAUUCCAUGCACGGAUUCAACACGUUUCAGCAAAUUCAACGCCAGGCUGCCAGACACCGCAAGCGCCAAGAAGAAGACUUCGAGAAGAACAAGUCUGUUUACCUCUCUGCCAUUGCUGAUGUUGAGGAAGAUGAAUUGGGGAAGGAGCAGUCCCGGAAUGAUGAAGAGGAUGAUUUGUUUGGGGAGAUUGAUAAGGCCAUUGCAAUGAAGCGGGAGGAAUUGGUUAAGCAAGGUUUGUUGCCGCAGAAUUCCAGAAAAGGAAAGGUUGAGGAAGAAAAGGUUUUGGAAGGGAUUGAUGAGUUGGAAGCAGAUGAGGUGGUUGAUCUGGAAGAGAUUAACGAGCUACAAGGCUUGACUGUUGUUUCCGAUUCUGAACAAGAGGAAGAUUCUUCUUCCAAAUUCGAUGUUGAUAUGACUGACAGUGAAGGAAAAAGGCAAAAUUUUGACGGGUUGGAUUCGUCUUUUGAUUUGGAUUUGGAUAGUUUUGGCAAGAGCAAAGUUAGAAUUGUAGAACCCAAGUUUGGAAUGACUCUAGCUGAGCUUUUGGACGAGAGUAAAGUGGUGCCUGUUUCUGUUUAUGGGGAUUUGGAGGUUGAGAUAUCAGGGAUACAGCAUGACUCGAGGGUGGUGAGUGCUGGAGAUUUGUUCGUCUGCUGUGUUGGUAGGAGGACUGAUGGGCAUUUGUACUUGAGUGAGGCUGAUAAGAGAGGAGCUGUUGCUGUGGUCGCGAGUAAGGAGCUUGACAUAGAGGAGACAUUGGCCUGCAAGGCAUUGGUUAUAGUUGACGAUACUAAUUCUGUUUUGCCUGCAUUGGCUGCAUCUUUUUACAGGUAUCCAUCAAAGAAUAUGGCUGUCAUUGGCAUUACAGGGACUAAUGGCAAGACAACCUGUGCAUAUUUGAUAAAAAGCAUGUACGAAGCGAUGGGAUUAAGGACUGGGAUGCUGAGCUCAGUUGCAUAUUAUAUACAUGGGGAUAAUAUGCUGGAGUCACCAAACACAGCCCCUGAUGCUGUUUUGGUUCAGAAUUUGAUGGCUAAGAUGUUGCAUAAUGGGACUGAAGCAGUUGUCAUGGAGGCUUCUUCUCAUGGGCUGGCCUUAGGGAGAUGCAGUGAGGUUGAUUUUGAUAUUGCAGUCUUUACAAAUUUGACUGGGGAUCAUUUGGAUUUUCAAGGAACUGAGGAGGAGUAUAGGGAUGACAAGGCGAAGCUGUUUGCAAGGAUGCUGAAUCCUGAAAGGCAUAGAAAAGUUGUUAACAUUGAUGACCCAAAUGCUUCUUUCUUCAUUGGACAAGGGAACCCAGAAGUACCAGUUGUGACCUUUGCAAUGGAGAAUAAGAGUGCAGAUGUUCAUCCAUUGAAGUUUGAGCUCUCCUUGUUUGAGACACAAGUUUUGGUUAAUACACCAUAUGGGAUAUUGGAGAUUUCGUCAGGGUUGCUGGGAAGGCAUAAUAUUUACAACAUUCUUGCAGCUGUGGCAGUUGGUAUUGCUGUUGGGGCACCACUGGAGGACAUUGUCAGAGGGAUUGAAGAGAUUGAUGCUGUUCCAGGCAGGUGUGAGCUAAUAGACGAGGAGCAGGCAUUUGGAGUCAUUGUAGACUAUGCUCAUACUCCUGAUGCCCUAUCUAGACUUCUUGAUUCUGUACGGGAGCUUGGAGCAAAAAGGAUUAUCACUGUUGUUGGAUGCCCUGGUGAGAGUGACAGAGGGAAAAGACCAAUAAUGUCGAAAAUUGCAACAGACAAAAGUGAUGUGACAAUUUUGACAUCUGACAAUCCAAGGAAUGAAGAUCCAUUGGACAUCUUGGAUGAUAUGUUGGCUGGCAUAGGAUGGACAAUGCAAGAUUAUUUGAAAUAUGGAGAGAAUGAUUAUUAUCCACCUCUACCAAAUGGCCAUAGACUUUUUCUGCAUGACAUCAGACGUGUAGCUGUGCGUUGUGCUGUUGCCAUGGGUGAAGAAGGAGAUGUGGUUGUGAUUGCUGGUAAAGGACAUGAAACAUAUCAGAUUGAAGGUGACAAGCAAGAGUUCUUUGAUGAUCGUGAGGAAUGUCGGGAAGCAUUGCAAUAUGUUGAUGAACUCCACCAAGCGGGAAUAGACACAAGUGAAUUCCCAUGGAGGUUGCCAGAGAGUCAUUAAUAUUCUUACAAGAGUUUAUAGCUAUUUUGACACUAAUGUAAGCGGGAAAUAGUUACUUCCUGAUGAAAAUACUGCGCUUGUACAUACAUCAUUCCUGGAUCCCUUGACAAUCAUCAUCAAAAAGCUAGAAGUUGUUGGUCUGGUGGACAACAUUAUAUGUUUCAAAGCAAUUGGCUGUGUCCUUAACAAGAUAGAUGAGGAAAAAACCAUACAGAAAAGCAAAAGAAGGAUGGGAACAGGGUGUUCCUUCUCUACCAAGCAUCACCAGUUAUCGAGCACUGCUCUUGGAACACUAAAACCAUAAAUGAUACAACAGCAUUGCUUACUGCUUGGUGUGUUGGGAAGAGGCGUGGAGGAAUGCAUAAGGCACCAAUUAUUGUAUCUCUAAGCCCCAGAUAGCUUAGCACAAUCAGCAUUAUUGCCGCAUCCUUCCACCAGGGAAUGACACUCAGUUUUCUGACCAUUCACUCUAAUUACGUCUCAACACAGCAUGGAGAAGAUCAUAAUAAAGACUGCCAUCACAAUUUCAAAAAUGUAAAUGGGCAACAGCAAUGUCUGUAAGGAUGGAUCAAGAUCAAUAUACUGAGGAAGGAUGAGUUUAAUUCUGAAUGUGUUUUAGUGUGAGGCAUCAAAUUGUGUCUACCAUUGUAUGCUUUGACUUUUAUCGUUAUUACCAAUCACUUAAAUGUGACACAGUUAGCAAGUGUUUUGACACUGCUAUUAAUUGUAUAAUCCUGUUAAGGUACGUUAUCAUGUGAUUUUGUUGUUAUUGACCUAAAAAAAAAAAAAACAACCAUAGAUGAUUCUGAUGGAUUUUGCUUAUCAAUAAGAAAUAUGAUACUGUUAU